AUGUCCAACGUCAGUAAUAUAAUGAAUAUGGAAGCUGUGAAAUCAGAUUCAACAGUGGAAACUUUAACAACAAUUCAAUUAUCCUAUGGUCUUCCCAGUUUAGUUCUAAUGAUUAGUUUCUUGAUUUUAAUGGGUUGCUCUAAAACAUAUUCCAAUUCUUUUUAUCGAUUGGUGCAGUUGGAUUUGUUAACGAACAUUCUUCUCUACUUCAACACUUGGCUUGGUAUCCGUGUAGAAAUGCAUCCUGCUGCAGUUCCAUUUCUGAAAUUCAUAGAGUCCACAAUCCCCGGAUUAUUGAAUUGGUUCAAAUAUUUGACUUGGUGGUUUAUGCAUAUUCAGUUUUUGUGUGCAGCGAAUCUGAAUGUUCAUAGAAUUUCUUCCAUAUUUUUUCCAGCUAAAUAUGAAAAGUUCUGGACCCGUUACUAUGCUCUUUUCGGAUUUGCAUUCUUCAUUUAUAGUUUUCUCCCAACUCUUUUUUGGUUCGGUUUCGCCAACGAAGUCAGUAUUAUAAAUGGAACAUUAUCCAAGAAAAGAAAUUCGGAGACAAUUGUGAAAGCAACGAAUGUGACAGCUGUAUUUUCAGUGAUUUAUUUUGUAGUUAUAUUGGUUUUAGGAUUGGCGACAUCUAUUUUGGUAAAAAGCAAAGUUAAAGCCAUCGGUUCAGCUUCCCAUGAAAAUAUUGGCAAGAAACUGACAAGAAUCGCAUUGAUCUACUGUUUCGUUUAUACUGGAAUUCUAAUGUGGAGUGUUAUAACUGCUCUAAAUUCCAAAAUGAAUUUUCUACCGACAUUUAUUGUGGGAAUCAAUCAGAAUUUGUUGGUUUUCUCCUCGGAUCUGAUGACACUCUCGUUGCCUUAUAUUCUCAUGAUUUUCGACAGCAACGUUCGAAAACACGUCUUUCAAAGAAACACACCAGUCACAUCUAAUAAUUUUGGUUUUACAAGUUUCCAGCGGUCCAGCUAG